AUGAAGAUCCUGACGUGCUCUGCCCAUCUGCAGCAACUGGAGGGGAUCCUGAGGAAGAGCCUGCCCAUCGCCCUGCCGGUCUUCGGGGCAGUGCUGAACAUCAACCGGGGAAACCCUGGCCAGUUCGAGGUGCUGGUGGACAAGUGGCCCGAAUUUGGCGCCGUGCUGGCCCGGCCCAGCGGAGAGGUGCCGGCCAACGAUGGCUACUGGAACACGCAGGCAGCGUUCUACCGGGACCUGGGGGCGUACCGGGCGCUGCUGGAGACCCCCGGCUGCCUGCGCUGGGACGCCGCCUUCACCCUCAUCGGGCUGCAGGAUGGGCUGGCCACGGUGUCCCAGGACCUGGCAGGGAAGAAGGGUGUGGAGCUGGACAUUGUCGAGUACUACUCCUACUGGCACCCUGACCCCAGCACCAUGCCGGAGCCCCGGCCAGCCCCCGGGGUGCGCGUGGGCUCCCUGAGCCCCUCGCACGUGGACCUGCUCAACGACACCUGGCCCUACGGGGGCAACGCCCGCAGCCGGCGCUUCCUGGCUGAGAUCUUGGGGCGCUUCCCGCAAGUGUGCCUGCAGGACGGCAGCGGGCAGCCCCUGGCCUGGGUGCUGACGGAUCAUUUCGGGACGGGCACCCACAGCUACACCCUGCCUGAGCACCGGCGGCACGGGCACAUGCAGGUGGCCCUGACGGUGGCGGCGCAGCGGGCACACGCCCGCGGGUUCCCCACCUUCGGGCACACGGCGCUGGGCAACCGGCCCAUGCAGCAGCUGCAGGAGAUGCUGGGGAACCAGCGCCUGCCCGGGGUCUGCCGCUACAUCCUGCACAAUCCCGGCCUGGACAGGGAUGGGCCCUGA